GCGUAUGCCAUGCUUUCUCACCGCUGGAGCGCGAAUGAAACCUCUUUCAUGGAAGCGGAACGUUCUAUCUCGCACUUCGGGACAUUGUUCCAACGCAAGGACAAGUUAGGACGCUCUGAAGGGAUGAAGAAGAUCCAAGAGUUCUGCUGCACAGCGAACAAGCUCGGAUACAGCUGGGCAUGGGCGGACACCUGCUGCAUCAACAAGACGGACAGUAGCGAGCUGCAAGAGUCCAUUACCUCAAUGUUCAGCUGGUAUCAAAAUUCGGCGAUCACCAUCGUUCAUCUGAAUGACGUACCUGAUCCUAUCCUCGGGCGCGGCAGCGGUUGGUUUAGGCGAGGUUGGACACUUCAAGAGCUGCUCGCGCCGACUACUCUUCGAUUUUAUUCCAGGAACUGGCGCUCGCUCGGACGCGCCGACCCGUCGGGACAGCACUGGUGGUUCAAUCACAAGGCCGAUCCUCUUUGGCAAGUGGCGAUAGAGCGAGUCACAGGCAUUCAUGGGGAAUACCUUUCACCAAAUGGUUUCCACCCCGGUCUCGAAGAUUUGCACGCCAAGUUAGAAUGGGCCAAAUAUCGCCAGACGACGCGGGAGGAGGACAAGGCCUACUGCCUUAUGGGCAUCUUGGGCGUUUCAAUGCCCAUCAUGUAUGGGGAGAAAGAGAAGGCGACUGAGCGUCUUUGUGAGACUGUCGUCCAGCUAGCGAAUUUCCGGGGUUGGCUCAGCGCCUGCGCCGGGGUCUCCUGUGGAUCUACCGACGCCAUCGGCAACGGGGUGGCGAUGGAAGGCUUCGCGGGAGCGGAACAUUCUGGUGGCAUCCCGAUAUACCACUUUCUGAUGGGCAGACUGCCUCUGGCGCCUAUCGAGAACUCAUACGUUGCCUUCGUGCUGUGCAAUCCGCCUGCAGAAAGGAAGUUCGGUUUAUCCGGCUACGGAGCUCGGUGUCGUGGUUCGAUCACUGCCGCAACCCUUCUGGAAAGGUGACAAAAAUGGGCGUCAGCUAAGCAAACCUAGCGCCUAGAUGUUGUACGUGCCUGCGUACUUUAUUAUUUGACUUAUUUCGAUUUUAUGCUCGCAUCCAAAAUUCCUAUAUGGAUCUUUAUGCGUCCC